AUUCACAAUAGUCGUAUUCCAUUUCAAUUAGUGUACGGUAUUUAGUCUCACUACCACCACUUUGCUUAAUACUACAAGGAUCGAGUAAAGCUGUAAUGCAUCCUGCUAUGUUGACUUAUUCCGCCCCGUUUCGAUUUGUUCUGUUUUGUUUCGUUGCGUUUAGAUCUGUUCCGUUGCGUUCCGUUGCAAUCUGCUGUGUCCCGUCGCGCUGGCAUCCAUACUGUUUUUUUUCCAUGCUGCUCCAGUUCAUCGAAUUGUUUUUUUUCAGCUAGUAUUUUAUGUAUUUAAGGCACUAUGAUUCACACUAAUUGUGA